ACAACGCAUUUUAAUCAUACCUUCAAGGAUUGUUUAGCCUAGUAAGAGAUUUGUCUUUAUCGCCCCUUUCAAAUUUUUGAUCUGAAAUGACAACGCAUUUUAACCAUUCCCUCAAAUUUCUCAUCGUUGAUCGUAAUUUUUGAUCUGAAAAGGUGAAGCUCUGCUAGGUCGCUGAGCAUGAAAUUGAAUCUUUGCCGAUUUAAGCUUCUAACUUUUCCAUGGCUGCCUCUUCUUCUUCGGGUACGGACUCGGGUUGCUCGUCGGGCUCUGAGAAGUUGAAGCAAUAGCAUUUGUAGUAUUAUUAACAGUUGCGGUUUCUAGGGUUUUUAAUCGUGGAUUUUCAGUUUCCUACCAGGUCUGUUUGAUUUUCAGGGAAGGAUUCAAGGGACCUAGCCGAUUGUAAUUGAUUCUGGAAAUCGCAGGUGUAUAAAGAAGCCAACCGUGAAUAUCUUAAAGCUGUUCUUGACGGUGUUUCUGUUGCUGGUCUGGUCGGGAUCUUGCGUCAAUUAGGCGAUCUCGCUGAGCAAAUUUCUCUUUGUAAAUGAGAUCGCUUGCUGUUUGCUAGAUCGAAUGCAGGAUUGGAAUCCGGUGAGGCAAUCGAGAGGUGGAAAUGGAAAAGAAAGGGAGGAAGAAGGCGAUGAUAAAAAACAAGGUUGGCAUUGUUAGCAAUGAGGAUGAUGAUGAUAAUCUUUUAUGUUGGUUGUUUGUUCAUAGAGGGAUAAAGUCAAUCUUCCUAUGUAUAGCUGUAUUUGGUCUGUUAGUUCGACUGGGUGUGUCUCUCCAUCCAUACUCUGGUGCUGCAAAUCCCCCCAAGUUUGGUGACUAUGAGGCGCAGCGCCACUGGAUGGAAAUUACUCUUAAUCUUCCAGUUAAUGAGUGGUAUCGUAAUAGCUCUGCCAAUGAUCUCACUUACUGGGGACUUGACUAUCCUCCCCUCACAGCCUACCAGAGUUAUGUUCAUGGUCUUUUACUUAGAUACUUUCAACCCCAAUCCGUUUCUCUUUUUACUUCUCGAGGUCAUGAGUCCUAUCUUGGGAAACUGCUCAUGAGAUGGACAGUACUUUCAUCCGAUGCUCUGAUAUUUUUUCCCGCGGUUCUUUAUUUUGUUCUUGUGUAUUAUGGAGGUCACUCCAAUGGACGUAAAACUGAUGUUGCAUUGCACAUUGCCAUUAUUCUAAUGAACCCAUGUUUGGUGUUAAUUGACCAUGGUCAUUUUCAGUAUAACUGUAUUAGCUUGGGCCUCGCUGUCGGAGCUGUUGCUGCUGUUCUCUCUAAGAAAGAUCUUGUAGCUUCUGUCCUCUUCUGUCUCUCUCUUAACCAUAAACAGAUGAGUGCGUAUUAUGCUCCUGCCUUUUUCAGUCAUCUCCUAGGCAGCUGUCUGCGGCGAAAGAAUCCCGUGCUUGAGGUUUCAAAGCUGGGAUUUGUGGUUUUUGGAACAUUUGCUUUUAUUUGGUGGCCCUACCUCCAUUCAAGAGAUUCCAUUUUUGAGGUUCUCUCCCGUCUUGCUCCUUUUGAAAGAGGGAUAUACGAAGAUUAUGUAGCUAAUUUCUGGUGCACUACAUCAGUUCUCAUUAAGUGGAAGAGAUUAUUUGCAACACACUUGCUGAAGAUUAUCAGCUUAGCUGCAACCAUAUUAACCUGUCUACCUUCGAUGAUUCAGCAAAUAUUGCAUCCCAGCAGCAAAGGUUUCCUUUAUGGGCUUGUGAAUAGUUCUUUCGCUUUCUACCUAUUUUCUUUCCAAGUACAUGAGAAGUCAAUUCUGCUCCCACUUUUGGCUGCAAGCUUACUAGCUAUGGAACUGCAUGGUACUUUCGAGUUAUUAAUGCAUUAUGCUUUAUUCUCCAUGUUUCCCCUUCUGUGUCGGGACAAUUUGAUAGUUCCAUACAUCGCUCUAUAUGCUCUCUUCUUCCUCCUUUACUUUGCACCUAAUAAAAGAAGAGUUGCUACCAUUUGUUCUGCCAUCCCCACUUCCGUUUCAAUUAUGCUAACCGUUCUGUAUCUAUCCUCUUUGAUUCUUCAUAUCAUUUACUUGACUGUGCAUCCUCCGGAAAAGUAUCCUUUUCUUUUUGAAGCAAUGAUCAUGCUUCUUUGCUUCACUCACUUCGUCGUGUUCGUUUUUUACACUAACAUAAAGCAAUGGAUGUUGUCAAGACAAUUUACAUCAAAGGAGAAAGAUAAGAAACUGCAGUGACAUUUCUAUUAUAAAUUUUGCAUUUCUAUGAUUGGCAUUUUGGAGACAACUUUAGUAUUAAUUGGACUCUUUUCAAUUAAUUUAAAUAUAGAUUUUUAGUGAUGAGAAUGAAUUAUCUAGGGAUAACUGUAGAGCUAGUAUCCAAACUUUGAGUGAUGUAUCAAUACAUCGUCAAGUUUUAAUGUUUAUAAUUUCUGUAAUUUAAAAUUUACUUUUAUUUUAGAGGGUGAUAUCCUUGGAAA